AUGAGCGAGGAUCGAAAAAUUAUUGAAUACGAGGGUGCCAAGUAUUUUAAAGAGGAAGGUCAAUGGUAUCUUUUGGUUCCAAUUCGAGAAGACAAAGUGCCUGCUGACAUUAAAACUAAAACCCCCAAAAUAAACCUUCAACCAGAAAUUUUACUUGAUAUAUUCAAAUUUCUCAACUUUGUUCAAUUAUUGGCUGUUCAACAAACAAAUUUUUAUUUCAAAAAUUUUAUUGACAAAUAUGGGAAAGAAUUGGCAAGAAAGAAAUUUGAAUACCUUUAUUUUGUGCCUGAUAGUUGCUUUAUAUUUGAUGGACACGAAUUGGUUGAACUAGAACCUAAUGAUUUCCAAUUGAGCAAGCAGCUUGAGGAAAAGUGGAAACGUGGAAUAGAAGAGUCAAUUCCAAUGUUUUUAACAAUGACUGAAUUUACAGACAUGGAAACCGUUGUUUGUGAAUUUAGACAAGAUAAUAGUGAGCCUUUAAUAUAAAUUUUUAGCAUUGUGUUUUU